AUGAGGAUGCCUUCCCAAAAAGAGCUUCCAAGUGGAUUGCCUCCUCUCCAGGGAAUUGAGCAUCAGAUUGACUUCGUUGCGGGAUCACAAUUACCAAACAAGCCGGCUUAUCAAAGCAAUCCGAAGGACACCAAGGAGCUACAAAGGCAAGUUGAAGAACUCAUCAACAAAGGCUAUGUUAGACAGAGCUUGAGUCCAUGUGUUGUGCCGGUUUUAUUUGUUCCAACGAAAGAUAGAACAUGGCGCAUCAAGACCAUGCAUGAUCAUGUUGAGCAUUUGAGAUGUGUGUUUGAUGUUCUUAGGAAGGAACAACUUUAUGCUAAUCUUGAUAAGUGCUCAUUUUAUGUUGAUGAAGUUGCCUUUUUAGGUUUUGUUGUGAGUUCAAGAGGGGUUGAAGUUGAUGAGUCUAAAAUUGAUGCUAUUAAGAACUGGCCAAUUCCCAAAUCCAUAAGUGAUAUUCGAAGCUUUCAUGGGUUGGCUAGUUUGUAUAGGAGAUUUUUCAAAGGUUUUAGUACCAUUGCAGCCCCCUUGAUCGAGGUAAUCCAAAAGGAUAAACCUUUUAAGUGGUUAGAGGAACUAGCCAAGGCUUUCUAG